AAUUUUUUUAGUUUUAUAGAGAUCUGUCAAGCCAAAACUGUCCCCGAACGAACCCAAAACGUAAAGUUUCAAGCUUUUAGGUCCUGAAUCAAUUUUUGGCGAGCAUUUAUCCCAAAAUGCUGAAGAACUCCCGAUUCCCAAAGUCAACUUCCAAUGGGGAGAGGCUGCUGGACUGGAACAGGCCGCCAUUUGAAUUGUGCGACGAGGAAUGCAUGCUGAUGGCGCUCAGCAUCUCUAUUUGCGUGCAGAUCCUGCUCAUGGCAUACAUCGCUUUCACCCUGCUCAAUCCGUAUGCUUGGCGAAUCCAUAUGUACAACGAGUGGCAGCGCCAGCGUUUCAGCAACUUUAUCUUUGGCCGUCUAGUGCUUCACUUGGACACAGCGCAGACCCUACAUCUUGUUGGUCAGCAGGAAAAUGGCUGUCAGAGGGCACGCAGAAUGGCUAUGGAUGCAGUUCAACUAUUUCGCCGGGAUGCAAUGAAGAUCCUUUAUCCCGCCCACGAUAUACGAUCUGUUCAUAUCGGCGAUUUGUAUUUUGUGCCGGAUGAGGAGGAGAAACUGAUUGCUGACGCCGGCUACGACCUAGACAACUUUGAAGUCACUCCAGAUUUCCUAAUCCAUUUACUCUAUCCGGAACGGGUUGGACAUUCCUGUUUAUCAGAGAACCCAUGAGAGACGCUGAGUGCUAUAUGUACAUACAUCUUGCGUUAUUGUACGGCCUGCCUUCGGAAUAGCAUUGGCAUAGCAUUAACCCUACGGAUGAAAAUUUGAUUCGAAUGUGAUUGAAAGAUGUGCAUAAAUUAUUCAGGAAAGUUAACUAUACAUAAAAAUUUACGGUUGGAGUUCGGGGAAGAUUAAAAAUGUAUCUAAAAAAAAAACC